GGAUUGCUGUGAAAACUUUGUGCCGACUAACAAGUUUUUAAAUACCGCUCAGCAGAUUUUAGAGUAGACUUACCGACAGCAUCUUCUCUAGUUCUCAGUUGUCUUUGUGAUGUGAAACGACACUUGUCGUAAUCUCAGUUAUAAGAAAGUGCAAAGUUGAUUCUUGCUAUAACUCGCCAGUAUUCGGCCGCCGGGUAACAAUAAAAAUAUUCACGCGCUUAAGUUCGCUACGCCAAUAAAAAACGGAUUUGAUUAUUACUUGUGAAUUAAUUAAUUAAUGCAAAUUAUAAACUCGUUGAGAUCGAAAUAAUAAUAAUUGCAGAGCUAAACGCAUUCAAUUUGCAACAAAAACAAAAAGUUUCGGUGUGAAAUUUACUGUGAAAUAAAAUCGAAAAUAUUAUAAUCGAUUCUAUUUUGAGUACAUUGACUUUUUAUGUGAAUUCUGAAUUGAUUAAAAGCGUAGUUAGUAAGAAACACAAAAAAACUGAACGAAAAACCAUAAAAACUGUUUGUACUGAAUUAUAAAAACUAUAGUUAAAUGGAAAUAUAUACACAUCUGUACGUAUAAUAUAAUAACGCCCUACCGAAAAUUCAUAAAAAAGAACAAUAUAACAACAAAGGCGAGAGUUAUUUUUGAAUUAGCAGAGACUAGCACCAAUUCACUAUGUUAAAACCGGUGUUAAUUAGUGUCUUCUUCUUUGCUGCCUUUUUGUGUGGUUUAUCCUCUGCACUGUACAACCACCAUAAUGAAACGUUGGGGAAACCGACUUUUGGACGCUGCAUCACGCCAAAUGGUCGGUCCGGUUCCUGUGUAAUAUUGCAACAUUGCAAAAAGCUAUACACACUGCUACUAAAUCAGCCGUUACAUGAUGUGAAUAGACUAUACUUGAGUCAAAGCCAAUGUGGUUAUCUCAAUCGAAAAGUGCUGAUUUGCUGCGCCGAUCAAAAUAGCACGCCGCUUAUACUGACACAAGCUACUGUAAAACCUAUCAAAUCGACACAAGGUUUCAAGAAAGCUGUACUCUUAAAUAAGACUCCGAUGGAGUCCACAAAAACCAGGAAACUACCACGUCCCAGUAAAUGCGGACAGAUGACGUCAAGCCGAAUUUAUGGUGGCAAUGCUACAAAAAUCGAUGAAUAUCCUUGGAUGGCUCUAAUAGAAUACACAAAACCAUUCGGUCGUAGUGGCCAUCACUGUGGCGGCUCCCUCAUCAGCUCCCGCUAUAUUGUCACCGCCUCGCAUUGUGUUAAUGGCAAAGCUUUGCCUAAGGAUUGGCUGGUUUCCGCCGUACGUCUGGGUGAAUGGGACACGAAAACAAAUCCGGAUUGCGAAGUAGAUGUACGGGGCGAAAAGGACUGUGCGCCACCGCACAUCGACGUGCCCGUGGAAAGUGCCAUACCACAUCCCCGAUAUGAUCCAAAUUCAUUAAAUCAAGUCAACGACAUCGCACUCUUGCGUUUAAAGAAUACAGUCACAUUCACCGAUUUCAUACGACCCAUUUGCCUGCCAUUAAACGAUAAUUUGCGCACCGCCACCUUUGAUGACAUCAUCAUGGACGUGGCCGGUUGGGGCAAAACCGAAUCAAAAUCGAGCAGUAAUGUGAAAUUGAAAGCUGAACUCGUUGGAGUGCCGCUGGAAAAAUGUCGCCAUGUUUAUUCGAUGCAAAGUAUUUCAUUAGAGGCCACACAAAUGUGUGCAGGUGGCAAGAAAGGUGUAGAUUCUUGUCGCGGUGAUUCGGGCGGCCCACUCAUCGGACUGGGCACGACGGGCAGAGGACGUACAUAUUACUUUUUGAUUGGCAUCGUUUCAUUUGGACCGGCGUCAUGCGGCCUAGAAGGUUGGCCAGGUGUUUAUACGCGGGUAGGACACUUUGUCGACUGGAUACAAGCGACAGUUGAGUCUUAAGUUGCACAAAAUAAUUUACAUAUUUAGAUAAGGAUUAUGUUUACCGUUGAAGGCAAAUUCCCAUUCUUGUAAUUUCUGUACGCGUGUUUGUGCACAUACAUGUAGAGAUAUUUAUAUAUAUAAUGCGCUUAGGUGUGUGUCUAGUUUAGGUCGCAAGAUCAUUUCAGUUUAAGAAAAGUACCUGGGGCUUGUUCCGUUUCUUUUAUCGUUUAGACUAAUACUUUGCUUUGUGCACAUUUUAGUGUUUAGUUUGAAAAGGUGUAAAGUAGUGUCAAACUUGUUGUUGGUAAAAAGAAAGGUAUGUAAUAUGCAAAUGACAUUAGGGGCGUACAAAAUUAGUUGUAGACGAUUGCAUCGAAUAUGAGACAUGGAUAUGGAGAGUAAUACCAUUUUUUAUAUCUACCGUUUGCUUUUUAACGAUAAUUAAAUUAUUGACUAUAGUAGUCGUAAAUUAUUUUGUUCUGCACAAUUAUUCGUAUGGUAUUGCACAUUCAAAAUAACUGUAUAAUAAAUAAGAAAUUCUCAUAAUUUUAGGACCUAUUUAAAAUCUUUACCGUACUGUGACUUAUUAAAAAAAUAUAUUGAUUAAAUUAUGGAUAUGUUUAAACCGAAUUUCAAUUACAUUUUAAAAUAAAAGUUCAGUGAUAAAUAUACUCAUACUCAAAUAUGCAAUCAAAUACAUGCAUGAUAAUCAAAAAUUAAAUAAAACUGAAUGUUAACGCAAAA